GAAUCUUAAUAAUGAAUUAGACGUUUUAAAAUCAUUGAUACGUAUAAGAAGGUCGGAAGCAGACUAACGAAGAUGUCCUACGAGAGAACGUUUGUCGUCUUGUUGUGUGUAUCUCUGGUUUGUUCUUGUAGAGGAAGCUCAGAGCAUGAAUUUGUUGGCGGGAAAAAGCACAACUUGCAUGACGAUAGGGUAGCGUUUUUAGGAGAUGAGAUGGCGAAGGAGUUUGAGACACUCACACCCGAGGAAUCUAAGAGAAGACUGAGGAUGCUGGUUCCCAAAAUUGAUAUCAACAAAGAUGGCUUUGUGGAAGAGGCUGAGCUAGAGAUCUGGGUACGACAUAAGAUGAAGAAAUGGGAGGUAGAAGAAGAUGUAGAUGCGAUCUACAGGGAUCUGGACACUAAUAAUGACGAUCAGGUCACGUGGCACGAGUACAUGACAAGGACGUUUGGAUUCCCUGAAGAAGAUUUGCACAAAAAAUGGGAGAGAAAGGAUCUCGAGAAUUAUGUGCAAGAUGACAAAAGAAAAUGGAAGUAUGCUGACCAAGAUAAGGACAGCAGGCUCACAAGACAAGAAUAUGAAUAUUUUCACCACCCCAAGGAACACGAGGUCAUGAUACCCUACGUUGCCAUGAAAGUCAUGCUUGAAGCUGAUGCAGAUCAAGAUGGAUUUUUAUCGAUGGAAGAGUAUCUUGCGUGGUUAGACAUGCCUGAAUUCCACAUAUUGGACAAACAAGACUUCAACAACAUCCAUGACCAAAACAAGGAUGGGAAACUCGAUCUGAAAGAAGUGGAGGACUGGAGACGACCAAAGAACUUCAACAAAGCACAAGAAGAAGCACAACACUUGAUAGAACAUGCGGACCUAAACGCGGAUGGGAAGCUAGACGCUGAGGAGUUCGUUACGAGCAGCGAGUUCUUCGCCGGAAGUUACGCCACGCAGUUUGGGCAGACGCUACACGAUGAGUUCUAGACACCAGGCCAUCCCGACCAAUUUAAAGAAUCGACUACGCACUAGGUCUAUUUAAACACUUUUUGAAAAAUACAACAAACACGCAUAUCAAUGGGUCAGUUUUGAAACGUUGUCAUGAAAACUUCAAAAUGAAGUCACAAAUGGUAAUAAAUAAGUAUUGUCUGUUUUCUAUUCUGUUUUUACAUGAACAUUUAUCGUCACUUCAAAAAGUGUUCACAAGGAACAAAGGUUAAACUAAAGGACAAAGCGGAAUAAUAAUAAAAAGGUCUCAUUGCGCCUCACGAUACAAAAACCUCAUAUAAAGAAUAAUACUAUGAAAUAAUAUGAAAUAUAUAUUGGGCGAAAUGUAGAAAGCAGAAAAAUUGAUUGAUAUAUCUAAUACUAUUAAAUAUUAAAAUACUAUUAAUACUAUUACUGGUGAGCCACUUCUUAACUACUAUGAAAGAGAUCACUGAUAUAAAGAAUAACGCGAUGGCAAGGAAUCCGUUUGGAAUGCCUUGAUAUGUUAAAGCAUUUCUCAUACCAGUACAUUAUAUUGUAUCUAUUCCAUGUAAAUUAGUAUAUUGGGUGAGUGAAUAAACUGAACUGAUUACAGAA